CCCUGCCCCCUGAGGCAGGAGCGGCGCUGUGGCCCUCGCUUGACAGAUGAGGAACUGGGCCCUGAGAGGGGAUGUGACUUGCCUGAAGUUGCCGGGCGAGCCCGGAGCCUCGCGGAGGCUGCAGCCCAGGUGCCCUCGCUCCGGGCCAGGGCUCCGUGCUGCACCCCAGCCUUGCAGCAGGUGGACAAGAUUGUGGACCAGUUGCAGCAGUUAAUGCAGGUGUAUGACUUGGCUGCCCUGCGGGAUUAUUGGAGCUACCUGGAGCGGCGACUCUUCAGCCGCUUGGAGGAUAUAUACAGACCCACCAUCAACAAACUGAAAACCAGCCUGUUCCGCUUUUAUCUUGUCUACACAAUUCAGACAAACAGAAAUGACAAGGCUCAGGAGUUCUUUGCAAAGCAGGCCACGGAGCUCCAGAACCAGGCGGAGUGGAAGGAUUGGUUUGUCCUGCCCUUCCUGCCGUCUCCAGACACCAACCCCACCUUUGCUACCUACUUUUCUCGUCAGUGGGCCGACACCUUCAUUGUGUCCCUGCACAACUUCCUGAGCGUCCUGUUUCAGUGCAUGCCGGUGCCUGUGAUCCUGAACUUUGAUGCCGAGUGCCAGAGGACCAGCCAGGUUCAAGAAGAAAAUGAAGUUCUACGCCAGAAGCUUUUUGCAUUGCAAGCCGAAAUCCACCGACUAAAGAAAGAGGAGCAACAGCCAGAAGAAGAAAAGGCCUUGGUCCAACACAAGUUGCCUCCUUAUGUCUCCAACAUGGACCGCCUGGGGGACUCGGAAUUAGCCAUGGUGUGCAGCCAGAGGAACACAUCCCUCUCCCAGUCGCCUCGUGUGGGUUUCCUGUCCUCACUGCUGCCUCAGAGUAAGAAGAGCCCCUCGCGGUUGUCACCUGCCCAGGGCCCACCUCAGGCUCAGAGCUCAGCCAAGAAAGAGUCCAUCAGCAGUCAGUUUAAAGAUCUCUUGGUUGGGCUGAUCAAGCUGUCAAACCUGCAGGUCCCAGGCUUUUCGAGACUUCCUCACUUUCCAGGAUCCCACUAUUGUAGAAAACAACUGCCAGCCCUGGACACUGAUCUUCCUGCCACUCAGCACUGUUUAUGCAGCUGGAUUCCCGUGGCCACCUUUGGAUUCAGAAAACGUGGCCUCUGCUGCCAGUUCUUCCAUUAUGCCUUUUCCCUACUUUGCUUGGCACAGUGUGCAGAGAAGAAACCUGAAGCUUGCGGCCCCGAACCAGAGCCCUGUGCAGAGCUCCACGUGGAGGCGCUGGAGACGCUGACGCGGGCUGCCUCAGCAGGCCCUGAGGGUGGAGGUGUCCGCUCCGAACAGCCGUUCAUUGUGCUGGGGCAGGAGGAGUACGGGGAGCACCACUCCUCCAUCAUGCACUGCAGAGUGGAUUGCUCGGGGAGGAGGGUUGCCAGCUUAGACGUAGACGGGGUCAUCAAAGUGUGGUCCUUCAACCCCAUCAUGCAGACCAAAGCGUCCUCCAUUUCCAAGUCACCACUGCUGUCUUUGGAAUGGGCCACCAAGCGGGACCGGCUGCUCUUGCUGGGCAGUGGUGUGGGGACAGUGCGCCUGUAUGACACGGAAGCCAAGAAGAAUCUCUGUGAAAUCAACAUCAACGAUGACAUGCCCAGAAUCCUGUCUCUCGCGUGCAGCCCCAACGGGGCCUCUUUCGUCUGUUCGGCCGCAGCUCCGAGCCUCGCUUCCCAGGUGGACUUCUCGGCACUGGACAUCGGCAGCAAGGGCACGAACCAUGUUCCUGGCAAGCUGCUGCUGUGGGACACGAAAACCAUGAAGCAGCAGCUCCAGUUCUCCCUGGAUCCGGGGCCCAUUGCUAUCAACUGCACAGCCUUCAAUCACAACGGGAACCUGCUGGUCACAGGGGCGGCGGAUGGUGUCAUCCGGCUGUUUGACAUGCAGCAGCAUGAGUGCGCCAUGAGCUGGAAGGCCCACUGCGGGGAGGUGUGCUCCGUGGAGUUCAGCUAUGACGAGAACACCGUGUACAGCAUCGGCGAGGACGGGAAGUUCAUCCAGUGGAACAUCCACAAGAGUGGCCUGAAGGUGUCCGAGUUCGGGCUCCCCGCCGACGCCACGGGCCCCUUCGUGCUGUCGGGUUACAGCGGCUACAAGCAGGUUCAGGCUCCCCGGGGCCGGCUCUUCGCUUUUGACUCCGAGGGAAAUUACAUGCUGACGUGUUCUGCCACUGGAGGCAUCAUCUACAAGCUGGGCGGGGACGAGAAGGUUCUGGAGAGCUGCUUGAGCCUGGGUGGCCACCGAGCCCCCGUGGUCACCGUGGACUGGAGCACGGCGAUGGACUGCGGGACCUGCCUCACUGCCUCCAUGGAUGGCAAGAUCAAGCUGACCACCCUCCUGGCCCAUAAAGCCUGAGGGCACCCGCCCGAGGAACUUGCACGGAAGCCGUAUCAUCCCCGGGGGAGAGGAGACAGGAGACAGGAAGACGGGAUGCUCCAUUUCCGGCUCCCUGCCAGGGCGGGGAAUCUUCAGGGAAAGGCUCUUUGGGGGCUCGGACGGACGCUGUGCAGCCUGGUGACUGGAGCAGGAGCCACCUGGAGGAGUGGCGCGUGUGCCCCGGAGACCGGCUUGCCGGGCGGGGCCCGAAGCACCCAGACGGCGGGAGAAGGCUCAGGCAUUCAGACACUGCAGGUGAAGCACUGUGAUGGCGGCCCUGUUGGCCAGGAGAGAUGGACAGUAUUUUGUAUACAUUUGCUCAGUUUCUUCUUUUUUUAAAAAAGAAUGCUCUUGGGUUA